UGCUUCUAGACCAGGGUCAGAGAAUGUUUUCUGCUAGGAUUCCUGGGAAUUGGCCCAGCUGGGGCCUAAGGUCACACAGCCUAAGUGCUUACGAGGUCACUGACCUCUGACCUAGUGUUCUGCCAGCCUUUGGUAACUAGUUUUUUUAUUUUAAAUGAGUGGUGCUUUGAUUUUGCAUGGAUGUUGUGUGUUGCUGACUCAGAUUCACCAGGAGUAACACACACACACACACACACACACACACACACACACAAACACACACACACGUUUCUGUGCAGAGAUACAGUCAGGAUAUAACCACUGAAUGGGUCUCAGGCAGGAGGAUUGGGAGUUCAAGGUCAGCCUGACUUGCAGAGUGAGCUACAUAGAGAGUGAGACACACAUCCCUUUUCAUAAAAAAGACAUUGCUGUGCCGGUCUGCUCUUACACACGUUACACACUAUCACACACAGCCCAUAGGAACACAUCAAAGACAGACUCACGCCCAGUACUCCCUCCAAUUCCCACACCACAAGGAGGGCAGGCAUGGGUUCAAGACUCCUUGUGUGACCUUGGGCAGCUCUUGAGACCUCACUGUCCCUCGACUGUCCUGGGCUACAUAAGGGAAAAACCACUAAUGCUCUAUCUGCAACUCCUGGCCAGGCUCCGAGGUCCACAAACUUAGUAUUUUCUUGUCACCUCCGUUUUAGAGACUGGUAAACUGAGGUCUAGAUCACUGAUUUUCCUUAAGUCUCCCUGUCGGCUGAGGGUAGAAAUGUCCCCAGCCAACAGCAGCCCGGACGCUGUGCUCUACAGACAGGAGUUUAGCCCUGUCGCGGACACAAGCUUAGCCUCAGAUAUCCUUGUGGCCCCAGAGCCUUCACCCAUGCUGUUCCAGCAUCCCUGUUGAAGAUAGCCUUGCUGUUUACACAGCACCAGGAGUGGAGGGGGCUGCCACCAGCCUGCCCAGCCUGCCCAGCUUCCUUUGCUUACAGAAUGGCUCUGAAGUGCUCACCGCCCCAGGGUGGAGCAGCUCAGUCCUUUCUCUUUGGGUGAUGCAGGCUGGUGACAGUCUGUUUGGAGCUCAGUUGUUCCUUCUGUAAAAUGGAAAGAAUAGCAGUAUUCCCCCAACAGAGGGCGGUGGUGUGGUUAUCUAGAACAGCCCAUGCAAAGCAGUGAAAACUGGUGCAUUUCCUGCAAGGCUGGUGCACAGUAAAUGUUUGUGUUUACAAAGUUAUGCCUGCUUCACUGUAUUAAGUCAUCUGUCUCCUGUUGAACGGGAGUGAGCACCUGCUGGAAUGCUCCAGGCCUGUCACUGGCCCCUGGGCGUCCUUAGCAGGAAGCUUUUGAAUUGUUCUGUGUUUGUUUGUUUGUUUGUUUUGAGACAGGCUCUUAUUCUGCACCCUCAAGCUGGCCUCAAACUCACUGUGGAGCCUAGACUAGUCUCCAGCCUUCGAUCCUCCUGCCUCCACCUUCUGAGUUUGGGAAUUACAAGUGUUAUCACCUCUCUGAACCUUUAUCAGCGUAUUCCUAUGUAGGGCUGGGGAUGUGGCUCAGUUAGCAGAGUGCUUACUUAGCAUUCAUGGAGUCCUGGGCUCAGUGCUCAGCACCAAGUAACCUGGGAGUGAUCACACACGUUUAUUCCCAGAAGUGGAGGCCAGAGGUUGGGAGAUCAGGGCCAUCCUAGGCUAUACAGAAAGUUCAAGGCCAGCCUGAGUUAUGUGGCAGUCUCACAUAACUUGAUUGCCCCUCAAGCCUGACUGAACCCCAAAGAGGGGAGCUAUUUGGUUAGUUCACCGAGUCCUCUCCUCAGUCUGGGCAUGGACAGCAGGAAUGAUCCCAUUGACAAACGAGGACACCGAGGAACAGAGGUUGAGUAACUUGACUGAGGCAACACAGGAUCUGUUGGGCUCCUGUCCUCCAGUGUCAAGAGACCACGUGUUCCUCAGCCUUCUGACCCCAGACAACAAAGGUUGUUCCUACUAAGCUAGAACCAACUGGCCCCGUGAAGCUAAUCAUUUAAGAGCCUCAUGCCUCGGUUUCCCCAUUUUUUGGAGCAGGGAUUGUAAAGCAGGAACAGCAAUCCCCCAGCUCACAGAGUCGCUGUGACGUCAGUGAGCUAACACAUGUAAAACCUGGCACACAGUUGAGUGUGGCGGCGCCCGUCUGUCAUCCCAGCACUUGGGAGGCUACGCCAGGGGAGUCUUGUGUUUGAGGGCAGCCUGGACUGCAGAAUGAAUCCCAGGCCAGUCUCAAAACAAGCAAGCAAACAUAAAAGACUGGCACAUAGCUUGAGGGGCGUAGGAGGGAUCAGGACUUAGGUUGGGUUGUGUGUGAUUUAUGAAUUUUUCUCAUUUAAUGGAGAGGAUCUGUCUGAGUUUCCAAGAGCUUUAUUUAGUUCAGAUGAAAACACACAGUUGUGCACAUGACCGUAAAUUCCAGCUUCCAAAGACAGGAUGGAGAAUAAUACAGACUGGCCCUGCAGCGGGCUUCCUGGGUUUGGAUCCUGGCUCUGCCUCCACCAGAGCCGGCCACCCUGAUCCCCUGACCUUUCUUCAAAUUAGUUAUGAAAAUGACACUGGCCUGAACUUCAUGGGAAGAUUAGGGGCUGGUAGUGAAGUUUUAGGACAAAGCUCGAUUAAUUUGACGUGGAAGAGAGAGGCGGGAUCAUCACUGUUAGUUCUUGUAUCCAGUCUUGGAUCCCCGGCUUUCAUAGUGUUAAUUACAGGCACCUGGAGGGAGCUCUGGCUUUGGGGCAGGGCAGCAGUUCUGCCACGAGUGACCACAAGGGGGAGCAGCUGGACCGGUACUGGCCUAGUGGUGCCUUGGUGACAGGGUGGACCACACCCGCUAAGAGAAGGGGCAGGAGGGACCAGCUAGGCUUCCCCCCAUCCCCCAGUGACUCCUCUUCCUAGCCCCUCCCAUCUGCAGUCUGAAAGCCAUCUGGUCUCCACCCUGGGGACAUCCUUCCCACUCUCCCCAACUGGGGUUGAGUGGGAACUCUGAUGAGGGGGUUGGUUGGGAGUGCCUAGGGUGGCUCAAGCCCUUGGCAGCCCCGCCCCCUCAAAGGCCAUUCAGUCCCUUCCUUGGGCCUUUUCUUCCUAUGGCCUCUGACCGGCUCCUUCCUACCCUUCUGCUGGGCACAUCCCAGGCCACAGCAAGUGGGACGAGAGUGUGGGAGGACACAGAGAAAGUACUGGAAGCUUGAAACGGGCCAGGGAGGUGAGAGUUACAGACACCAGGCAGAAGGACCUGGACGGACAGACAGACAGACAGACAGACAGACAGACAGACACACACACACACACACACACACACACCAGAGAUCUACAGACCAAACCAGAGGCAGAGAGACAAAGACAGAAACAGACAUGAGGUUGCAGGGGCAGGAAACAGAAUAAUAGAAAGAUCGGGAGAGAGACCGACAGACAAUCCCACACUCCAGAUACAGGGAGAGAGGGACCGGCUGAGAGAGAGCAAGAAGGCGACCAGCCACAGGACAGCGUGGCCAGCAGCAGGAUGGAGGGGCAUCCCACAAAGAUGUAGUGGUCAGGGUCUGCAGGGUAGGGGGAGUGGGGGCCUGGGCAGGGCCAGGGGCAUGGGAGGGGCAGGCAUUCUAUUGUUGCUGUUGGCCGGGGCUGGGACAGGAGUGGCCUGGAGUCCCCCCAAGGCCAAGUGUCCCCCACGCUGCUCCUGUUCCAAGGACAGCACCCUGUGUGAGGGCUCCUCUGAGCUGCCCGAGAGCUUCUCCGCCACGCUCCUGUCACUCUCCCUCAUCAAGAUGGGGGUCUCCCAGCUGAAGGCUGGCAGCUUCAUGAAGAUACCAUCACUGCACUUGCUGCUCUUCACAUCCAAUACCUUCUCCGUGAUCGAGGACGAUGCCUUCAUUGGCCUGUCCUACCUGCGGUACCUCUUCAUUGAGGACAACAAGAUUGGCUCCAUCUCCAAGAACGCCCUGAGAGGACUCCGCUCACUCACACACCUAAGCCUGGCCAACAACCACCUCGAGGCCCUACCCAGAUUCCUGUUCCGAGACCUGGAGACUCUGACUCAUGUGGACCUCCGUGGGAACCCGUUCCAGUGUGACUGCCGAGUACUGUGGCUGCUGCAGUGGAUGCCUACGGUGAAUGCCAGUGUGGGCCUGGGGGCCUGUGCAGGCCCCUCUGCCCUUGCCCGAAUGCAACUCAACCAUCUUGACCCUAAGAAGUUCAAGUGCAGAGCCACAGAACUGUCCUGGCUCCAGACUGUUGGGGAGUCGGCACUGAGCGUGGAGUCCUUCUCCUAUCAGGGGGAACCUCACGUGAUCCUGGCACAGCCCUUCGCUGGCCGCUGCUUGAUCCUGGUCUGGGACUACAGUCUGCAGCGCUUCCGGCCUGAGGAAGAGGUGUCCGCGCCCUCCGUGGUGUCCUGCAAACCUCUGGUGCUGGGCCCACACCUCUUCAUCCUGGCUGCCCGCCUGUGGGGAGGCUCACAGCUGUGGUCUCGGUCUAGCCCCGACCUGCGUCUGGCCCCAAUACAGGUCCUAGCCCCUCAAAGGCUGCUGCGACCCAAUGAUGCAGAGCUCCUGUGGUUGGAUGGGCAGCCCUGCUUCGUGGUGGCUGACGCCUCCAAAGCUGGUAGCACCACACUGCUGUGCCGCGAUGGGCCCGGCUUCUACCCACGUCAGAGCCUGCAUGCCUGGCACCGCGACACCGACGCCGAGGCCCUGGAGCUGGAUGGCCGACCGCAUCUGCUGCUUGCUUCGGCCUCCCAGAGGCCAGUGCUCUUCCAUUGGUUUGGUGGCCACUUUGAGAGGCGCACAGACAUCCCAGAGGCUGAGGACGUCUAUGCCACGAAACACUUUCAGGCCGGUGGAGACGUGUUCCUGUGCCUGACGCGAUACAUUGGGGACUCCAUGGUCAUGCGCUGGGAUGGCUCCAUGUUCCGACUGCUACAGCAGCUUCCAUCUCGAGGUUCCCAUGUCUUCCAGCCACUGCUCAUCGCCAGAGACCAGUUGGCCAUCUUGGGCAGCGACUUUGCCUUCAGCCAAGUCUUCCGCCUUGAGCCUGAUAAAGGGAUCCUGGAGCCACUACAGGAACUGGGACCCCCGGCCUUGGUGGCCCCUCGAGCCUUUGCCCAAGUGAUGGUAGCAGGAAGACGCUUCCUAUUCGCAGCGUGCUUCAAGGGCCCCACGCAGAUCUACCAGCACCAUGAGUUGGAUCUCAGUGCCUGAGGCUGGGCAGGACCCUGGAAGUGGCUGUGGGGCUGGCAAGGACAUCCUACGACAUCUGGGUACCCUCUCGGGCCUGGCAUCCUGGCCAUCACAGCCUGUCCUGUGUGAUACAGACUACUAUCCAAGUGCAUCAGCCUGGGUCAGGCUUAGCCCACCUUUUGGAAGAUCUGCACUUUAGGGGGAAACGGGAGGAGGUCUCUCUGCUCCCAACAAUGUUUGAGGCUCUUGCAGUCUGAAGCCACAUUUUGGCUCCCUAGACAAUGGCUUGGGAGCUCAGCCUGGGACACAACAGGGAGCUGGGAUACAGAAAUCAAAAGAACAAUCUGCUGAGCUCAAGAGGUCUGGAUAUCCCGCCCUCAGCGACUCCUUGGUCCCGCUCCAUAUAAAGUACCGAGAGAGAGCUUUCUUUUCCACUCAAACCCAGACUGGCCAUUGGCUUUCGUGGAGGAGUGCGUAUCUCUGUGACGUCACAGUUGCUGGGCAGUUUCCGGGACUGGUACUUUGCUGCUUGUGCGCAUGUCUGCUGCCAGAGUCCGAUUGGGGGUUUUGAAGCUUUUACGCAUGCGCAGAAAAAGUGACUCGGUAAAAUUGAGUCUAGAGGUGUCAGAGAAAGCCGUGGGUACCCCGUCCCCAGAAUGUGACAGGGGCAAGAACAGAAAGUGUGUGAGUUCAAUAAAUGCCCUGCGCUCCCGACCUGCCCGGUCUGUGGGCUCAUGGCAGGAAGGUC